GCCUCCUGGAACAAUGCUGCGGCGGCUGCCCUCCGCGUGCUGCGCCCUGCUGCUGCUGCUGCUCUGCUGCGCGUCGCUGGCCGACAUGGUGUUCCGCUGCCCGGGCUGCACCGCGGAGCGCCAGGCGCUCUGCGCCAGGACCGCCGGCGUCGAGGCGUGCGCGGAGAUCGUGCGCGAGCCGGGCUGCGGGUGCUGCCCCGUGUGCGCCCGGCAGGAGGGCGAGGCGUGCGGCGUGUACACGCCGCGGUGCGCCACGGGGCUGCGGUGCUACCCGGCGCCCGACUCGGAGCUCCCCCUGGAGCAACUGGUGCACGGCCGGGGCCAGUGCCGGCGCAAAGUGGAGCCCGAGACGAGCACGCCGGCGCGCGCCCAGGAACACCGGGAGCACCGGGAGCAGAGCAGCGCUGAGGCUGCCGAGCCGCCGGCGGAGCAGGACGCCAGCGAGAUCCCGCCGGUCCGGAAGCCCGGCAAGGAGGCGGCCUGGCUAGGCCCCAAGGAGAGCGCCGUGAGGCAGCACCGGCAGGAGAUGAAGACCAAGAUGAAGACCAACAAGGUGGAGGAGGCCAAGCCCGCCCGGCCCAAACAGACUCAGUGUCAGCAGGAGCUGGACCAGGUCCUGGAGCGGAUUUCCAAGAUGCCCUUCAGAGACAACCGGGGUCCACUGGAGGACCUGUACGCCCUGCACAUCCCCAACUGUGACAAGAGGGGGCAGUAUAACCUCAAACAGUGCAAGAUGUCUCUCCACGGCCAGCGGGGGGAGUGCUGGUGCGUGGACCCCCACACCGGCCGCCCCAUCCCCUCCGCCCCCACCGUGAGGGGCGACCCCAACUGCAGCCAGUACCUCAGCGAGCUGGAGCUGGAGCUGCCCGAGACGGCCCAGAUCUAGACGCACACACACACACACACACACACACACACACACACACACACCUAAACAAACUGUAAAGUACAAUCUGAGUAAGCUAUACAUCAUUUCUGUAAAAAAAAAAAACA